AUGGCUUCAAAUAGUAUUCUAACUUUAGGCUCAUAUAAAAACAGAAAAUUGAUCUCCAAAAAAACAAUUUUAGAUACUUAUAAGAUAUUAGGUUAUAUAGCAUCUGGAACAUAUGGUAAAGUUUAUAAAGCAGAAUAUAGAAGUGGUUCUUUUAAUAAUAAUAAAACCACUACAAUAAAUUCCAAUGCCAAUUCCAAUGCCAAUUCUAAUACUAACCACAAAAAUAAUCAUGACCUUAAAAAGCUAUUGUUUGCUAUUAAAAAAUUUAAGGGUGAUAGUAGAGAUGGUGAGAUUUUACAUUACACAGGUUUGUCACAAUCUGCUUGUAGAGAAAUUGCCUUAUCAAAAGAAUUAAAACAUGAAAAUAUAAUUCAACUAGUUGAAAUUGUUUUGGAAAAAAAAAGUAUUUAUAUUGUCUUUGAAUUCGCUGAACAUGAUCUAUUACAAAUUAUUCACUUCCACUCUCAAAAUGGUUUAAAACCAAUUCCAGAAUUUUCUUUUAAAUCUAUUAUGUGGCAAAUUCUUAAUGGUGUAUCUUAUUUACACCAAAAUUGGAUUUUUCAUAGAGAUUUAAAACCCGCUAAUAUUAUGGUAACCUAUGAUGGUAUAAUUAAAAUUGGUGAUUUAGGUCUAGCCAGAAAAUUCGAUAACCCUUUACAAAAUUUCUAUACUGGUGAUAAAGUUGUUGUGACCAUUUGGUAUAGAGCUCCUGAAUUGCUACUAGGUGGUAGACAUUAUACGCCUGCAAUUGAUUUAUGGGCAGUGGGUUGUAUACUAGCAGAACUAUUAGCCUUGAGACCGAUUUUUAAAGGCGAAGAAGCUAAAAUUGAAAAUAGAAGAACAAUUCCUUUUCAAACUAAUCAAAUGUUCAAAAUCAUUGAGAUUUUAGGAAAGCCAACAGUGAAAAAUUGGCCAACAUUAGAUAAAUAUCCCGAGUACCAACAUCUACAAAAUUUUAAGGCUUAUUCAAAUAAAUUAUUGACUUGGUUUCACAAUAUUGGACAAUCAAAUAGUAACUUAUUUUCACUUCUACAAACAUUGUUGGAAUAUGAUCCAGCAGAAAGAAUCGCUGCAUAUGACGCAUUAGUUCACCAAUAUUUUUUGGAGCCACCUUAUGUAUCCACAAAUGCUUUUGAUGGAUUGCCUUUCAAGUAUCCAAGACGUAAAAUAACUACAGACACAACGGAUUUGCUUCAGUUGCAAAAUAAAAAUUACAAGAGAAAUCCCAAUGACCUUGAUGCUAUUAGUUCAAGAAAAAGACAAAAAGUUUAA